GGGCGCUCCGCCCUGCCCCGCGCGCGGCCUGUGCGCGCUCCCCGGCCUGCAGCGCAGACGCCAGUGCCUUCAGCAUGACUCACUCCUGCUCCAAGUGGUGAGGCCGCAGGACCAGGAAACAGGUCUCAGCACCCCCAAGGUCCCGGCUCUGGGGUGAGUGCUCUGGUCUCCUUGGGCUUAGCGCUGAGAGCCAGGAGUUGGCGAUCUGACAGCCCCCCGCUGGGAAGACAUACUGGCCCAAGAUGACUCUGCAGAAAAUGGCCGCUUGCUCCUUCAGCCAUGGCCAUGCCAGGCCCCGGUGAGAUGGAUCCCGGGCUGAAUGUGGCCCAGUCAUACGGGAGGUUGCUGAAAACUCACCGGGAGUUUCUGGUCACACACAUCCGCAACACUCAGUGUCUGCUGGACAACCUACUGGAGAAUGACUACUUCACCAUCGAGGACGCGGAGAUCGUGGGUGCCUGCUCCACGAAGCCCAGCCAGGUCCGCAAGAUCCUGGACUUGGUCCAGAGCAAGGGCGAGGAAGUGUCCGAGUUCUUCCUCCACGUGCUCCAGCAGCUCGGGGAUGCAUACGUGGACCUCAAGCCCUGGCUGUCCGAGACGGGUUUCUCUCCUUCCUGCUUCAUUCAGAAUAAAACUGUUGUCAACACAGACCCAGUGAGCAGGUACACGCAGAAGCUGCGCCAACAGCUGGGCCGUGACUCCAAGUUCAUCCUGUGCUACGCGCAGAAGGAGGAGCUGCCGCUGGAGGAGCUGUAUGUGGACACCAUCGCGGAGCUGGUCAGCUUUAGCAACGAGAGCCUGGGCAGCCUGGGCAGCCCGGCCGGCCUGCUGGACCACUCGGCGGGCGUCCUGAACGAGCAGGCCGAGACGGUCUUCGUGGUGGGCGAUGCCGGCGUGGGCAAGUCCAUGCUGCUGCAGCGGCUGCAGAGCCUGUGGGCCGCCGGCCAGCUGGACGCGGGGCUCAAGUUCUUCUUCCACUUCCGCUGCCGCAUGUUCAGCUGCUUCCAGGCGAGCGCGGCGCUGCCGCUGCGGGACCUGCUCUUCCAGCACUACUGCUACCCUGAGCAGGACCCCGAGGAGGUGUUCGCCUUCCUGCUGCGCUUCCCGCACACGGCGCUCUUCACCUUCGACGGCCUGGACGAGCUGCACUCGGACUUCGACCUGAGCGGCGUGCCGGACGCCUGCUCGCCCUGGGAGCCGGCGCACCCGCUGGCCCUGCUGGCCAGCCUGCUCAGCGGGCGGCUGCUCAAGGGGGCCCGCAAGGUGCUCACGGCGCGCACGGGCACCGAGAUCCCGCGGCCGCUGCUGCGCAAGAAGGUGCAGCUGCGCGGCUUCUCCCCCGACCACCUGCGCGCCUACACCCGCAGGGUGUUCCCCGACCGCGCCACGCACGGCCGCCUGCUGGAGCAGCUGGAGGCCAACCCCAGCCUCUGCAGCCUGUGCGCCGUGCCCCUCUUCUGCUGGAUCAUCUUCCGCUGCUUCCAGCACUUCCCGCGCGCCGCCGACUGCGCGCCGCAGCUGCCCUCCCGCAGCCUGACGCUGACCGACAUCUUCCUGCUGGUCACCGAGGUGCACCUGAACCGCACGCAGCCCACCAGCCUGGUGCAGCGCAACACGCGCAGCCGCAUGCAGACGUUCCGCGCCGGCCGGCCCACGCUGCUCUCGCUGGGCCGCGUGGCCCGCUGGGGCCUGGAGAAAAACCUCUUCGUCUUCAACCAGGAGGAGGUGCAGGCGGCCGAGGUCCAGGACGAGGACCUGCAGCUGGGCUUCCUGCGGGCCGGUCAAGAGCUGGGGCUGGACGGGGCGCAGCCCACUUACGAGUUUUUCCACCUCACGCUCCAGGCCUUCUUGGCCGCCUUCUUCCUGGUGGUGGACCACAAGGUGGGCACGCGGGAGCUGCUCCGCUUUUUCCAGGAGUGGGCGCCGCCUGGGAAGGCCCCCGCCGCCCCCUCCGGCUCCUGUUUCCCCCGCCCCCAGUGCCUGGGGGGCCGGAGCCUGGCGGGGGAAGACCCCUUCCGGACCAAGGACCAUCUGCAAUUCACCAACCUCUUCCUGUGCGGGCUGCUGUCCAAGGCCAAGCAGAAGCUCCUGCAGCAGCUGGUGCCCGCAGCGCUGCUGCGGAGGAAGCGCCGUGCCCUCUGCGGCCACCUCUUUGCCAGCCUGCGCUCCUACCUGAAGGGCCUGCCCCGGGUUCACAGCGGAGGCUUCAACCAGGUGCAGGCCAUGCCCACCUUCAUCUGGAUGGUGCGCUGCAUCUUUGAGACGCAGAGUGAGAAGGUGGGGCAGCUGGCGGCCAAGGGCAUCUGUGCCAACUACCUCAAGCUCACCUACUGCAAUGCCCACUCAGCCGACUGCAGCGCCCUGGCCUUCGUGCUGCGCCAUUUCCACAAGAACCUGGCACUCGACCUGGACAACAACAAUCUCAACGACUACGGUGUGCGGGAGCUGCAGCCUUGCUUCAGCCACCUCACGGUCAUCAGACUCAGCGUGAACCAGAUCACGGACGGUGGGGUAAAGGUACUCUGUGAAGAGCUGACCAAAUACAAAAUUCUCACUUUCUUAGGGCUAUACAACAACCAGAUCACUGAUGUCGGGGCUGGCUAUGUAGCCAGGAUCCUGGAAGAAUGCCAAAAACUCACACACCUCAAACUGGGAGCAAACAAAAUCACAAGCGAAGGAGGGAAGCGUCUCGCCCUGGCAGUGAAAAAUAGCAAGUCCAUCCUUGAAAUUGGGAUGUGGGGCAAUAGGAUCGGAGAUGAAGGAGCUGUGGCCUUCGCCGAGGCGCUGAGGAACCACCCCAGCUUGGUCAACCUGAGUCUUGCGUUCAAUGGCAUCUCUGCAGAAGGUGGGAAGAGCCUUGCACAGGCCCUGCAGCAGAACACAACUCUCAGAAUAUUCUGGCUCACCAAAAAUGAGCUCAAUGAUGAAGCCGCAGAGAGCAUCGCAGAAAUGCUGAAAGUCAACCAGACCCUGGAACAUUUAUGGCUCAUCCAGAAUCAGAUCACAGCCCAGGGGGUGACCCGCCUGGCGGAUGCCUUACAGAAGAACACUGGUAUAAAGGAGAUAUGCCUAAAUGGAAACCCCAUAAAGCCCGAGGAGACCAGUGUCUUCAAAGAUGACAAACGGAUCGUCUGUUUCUGAGAGAACAUUCUCCUGCAUGUAAUCUUGGCGCUGGUACCGUAGCCUGUGCCGUGCAGUGGCCAAGGGAGUGCCCAGUGAGGAGUCUUCCCCAUGGGAGCCGAGAACCUUCUCCCUCAGCCUCCUUGUGGAUAUGGGACCGGCAAGCUCAGGAGGUGCUAGUUUUCCCGAAGAGUGCCCUUGUGAGCUGUCUGAGGAACCGCCACAGUACUAGAAAGAGGUCCGAAAGCUCUCCCAGAGUCUGCAGGACUGAGACGAGCUCACCAGAGCCCAUCUGUCUCUAAGGACCAUCUCACCACUGUCUGAGAAAAUGCAGUGCCCACCUGGUGCCAAGCUGCCUGGAGAAGUGGUGCUCAAUGAACAGGAAAUAUUUUACCUGAAAAUUCCCUUCCUCUCCUCCCCUUGCCCGUGUGUUGCUGUGAUUGCCAGUUUCCCAGCUGCAGCAGCUGAGCUAUGCACAGGCCUGGGAUUUGAUUCAUCCAAAGGUUUUGUUGGGGAUUGGUGCCGGGAAAAGGGUUUGUCAUGGGCUUGUGUUUCAGUUCCGGGGUCUCACUGCUAACACUGAAGAUCCUCUUAGCUGGCCUAAGGGAAAGGACAAUGCCUUCACGAUGCCGAAUUUCCACUCAAGCCUCUGACCUUGAGUCCCGCUGACUCCUCUGGAAGGCUAAUAUGAUGGGCAAAGGUGUUUUGCUCCCCGAAGAAAAACCUCCUGUGUUCCAGAAGGAAGAAGCGAUCACAAGCCUUGGUGCAGUUGCCCCUGAGUAGUCGAGAAUGUGCCCGAGCUGACAAGCCCCGAGAGGCCUUGCUCACUGCUGACCAAUACGGAGGCUGGGAGGUGAAUGCUGAGCAGGGGGAGGGGUAACGUGGGCAGGUAACUUGCUCCUCUGCCAAUUCUUUUGUUAAUAAAAU